UAAGUUUAGUUUAAAAAUUUACUUAAAAAAAUGCCUAAACGAGUGUUAAGACAUCAUUUGGACAACGCCGCCAAGAUUCGAAGAAAAUCUAUGUUUCUUGAUGAUCCUUCACAGUUGUCAGCUAACCUAGAGGAUGGAAAUGAAGACGAUGAAGAACUGGUCCAGAAACCGACAAAACAAAUGCAAUAUUUAAAAUUAAAUCGAAAUAAUGAAGUUGAACGUUUACUUCUGCACAAUAGUAAAAUAUUAGUCUAUCAUGUGGAACAUAGUGUAUUUCCAGCAUUUAAUGUGGGCAUGUGGCCACUGGAAAAUAAUGAGAUGUUAACCAAUUAUCCUUCCUGUGCUGUUUCUGUGCCGCGGCCCAUAUUUGUUGCCAAUAAGCAAUGUGAAAAAAUAGAUCUUUGUUAUAAAAGACCGAUGAAUGCUGAAUUCUUUAUGAAACGUAUAAAACACACCAGAACUUCAUAUCAAACGGCAUUGAAGAGUAAUAAAGCUAUUAGAAGUAGUAGAAAAGAUGGAAUAUACCAUUCCUCGGUAUAUGAUAUGGCUGAACGUAUUUAUUUGCAGCCGGAUCCUUACUUUCAUGGCAGUUACGAUUAUUAUUUUACGGGUGGUAAUUUAAGCGUUUUACCAAAUCAAGGAAAUAUCAUACACGCAGGGGGCGAGCAUUUACUAGAAAUGUCGGUUAGUGAAUUUCCCCUAGAAGAUGGCAGUGAUUCCAAUUCCCUGCAUAAGAUAGCCUCACAUAAAACUACCGAAAACAGUGAAAUAUUUGAAGUACGCCCACUCAGAACAUCCCUAGACAAUAGUCAGCAAAACUGUUUUAUAGCGCGCCAACGUAAUCUUGUAUCUUUUAAUUACCUCAAGGAAAGUAGACAAAUUAAAACUGUAACACAAUUUCGCACAAAGUCCACACCAUUUAUAAGUUUUGCCCAAUCGGAGCGUGAUAUUAAUACGUUUAUUAUAACAACAAUGAAACAGCAUGUACGUUUGUACGAUUUGAAUUGUAGUGUACCGGCAUUGGUGAAACUAUUUGAAAUUUCACCUCAUACACCGAGUAUUUCAUGGAACACGGUUAAGCCAUGGCGAGAAAAUACAUUCCUUUAUGCUAAUGAGAAACAAUUCUUUUUGCUCGAUACACGUACCUCACCGGAACAGUGGUUGGGUGAAGUUACCUCUGCUACGGAUAGUAUGAUGUGUGAUCAUAUUUCAGCCGUACUGCCAAGUGACUUCAAUAAUUUAUUUUAUGUAGCUACCAAUCACAAGCUGCAUUGUAUGGAUAUAAGACAUCUGAAGAAAUUUUCCUUUAGUGACACUAAUGGAGCCAUUUGUCGUUGGACCCAUCAGCUACGUUAUGCUCCUCUAAUGAUGGAUACAUUCCGUUUACCUCAAACUGAAUAUAUAGCUUUGUCCUCGCCUUUAGCUGGUGAUUUACAUAUUUGCCAAUUGUCCAGAGAACGCAAUGAACAGGAAAUUAGUAUGGAAUCAUCAAUGCGUGCUCCGAAACAUAUUUACAGUUCACCAUGUUUACCUUAUCAACCAACCACUCUUCUGGAAGUUUAUGAACAUGCUAGAGUAUCGGGAAAAUGUCUAAGGCCCGAAGCUAACUUGGAAGCGCGUCUUAAAUGUUGUACAACCGGUAUGAAAUUUAUAAAAUCAUCUUUAAGCAAUUCAGAAUCUGGAAUAGGGCUGCUAUUAACUUCAAAUUCGAAUGGUGACGUUUUUGCACAUACUCUAAGUAAACGUGAGAAAGAUGAAAAUGAAGAACGUUGCAAUAGACAAAGUGAUGAAAUCAUGACUGAAUUUGAGCAGAAAAUAUAUGAACAAACCCAACAACCUCUAAGCUAUACAGAAAUAAAAAACAUGAAGGGUUUACGCAAAGUUUUUCUUUGCAAGCCAUUAUCCUCAGUUAAAAAAUAUGAUUUUGAUGCCAUGGAUAAUGAAUAUGACGAUGAUGCUGUUGUACCAGCCAACAAUGUAACAAAUCCUCCAGUAAAUGUUCGCCCUAAACGUCUACAUUUGGGUCGCUGGCAGAAACCAUUAUCCACUCUACACUCCUACAAAGAUGCUCUAGUUGCCGAUCUAUUAUCCAUUUGGGAUAUAGACAUUGAAGAAGAAAAACACAUACGUUUGGGCAACAUACGUAAUGCCAAACCCGAUCCGGCUGUAAAAGUUGAAGAUUGGCUUAAAACUAAUAUUAAUUCAAAUCCUCCUCCUAUGUUAUCAAUACCCACACAAGAAGUUUCACACUACAGUGAAAUUGAUACAUCACAUAUUUUGGAUAGUACUAUCAAUAUUUCUCAAACUCAAAAUACAACAAUAGAUUUUGAAAAUGCCGUACAUUCGACUCAAAUCAUGGAUAACACUUUGAAAAAUUUCGAUACCUCUGCUCUUGAGAUACAAAUAAAUAAUGAGACAACAACGACUGUGGUAGAAAAGCUUAAAAACAAAAAGAAAAAUAAGAAAUAUAUAAAAGGUUUUUAAGAAAAUUGCAUUGGUGGUUGCAUUUAUUUUAUAGUUAAAUAUACAUAAUAAAAACUUG